GGGGGGAAUAGGGGAGGGCGCCAGGGGCAACUGUUUUUGAGGACACUUGACGGCUCCCGAUCGUGCGGCAGCUGUGAGUCGCCAACGUCCUGCUGCCUGGUCCGUGGAUCUGAGGGUGAGCCCCAUUGUCGCCGGUGCUGAUCCAGCAGGGCUACACAGGAAGGAGACAGACAUGGGGACAGGUUCCAAGACAGCCCACGCCAUCCCCUGCUUUCUGGGGAGCAUUCAUGGAGAUGGAGGGCAAGCCCUGUGACCUUUCCUAAAGACGCCGUCGCUCCCUUCAUCAGCAGAGCGUUUUUUUGGUGAUUUGCUCUCUCUCAAAAAAGACAAAAAUGAGAAACUCCUACCCCAUGGCACGGCCUGGAAUUGUGCUUUUCCUGGUCACGUGCCCCCUGCUGGUCAUGCUGCAAAGUGCGCCCAGUAAAGCUCAAAGUGGGCAUCUUGGGGACAACGACCCAGACAGGUGUAUGAGGCACCACUUUGUGGAGACUAUCACACAUCCCAUCUACAAGUGCAACUCUAAGAUGGCGCUGUUGGCACGCUGUGAGGGCCAGUGCAACCACAUCUCACGGUCGGAGCCCCUGGUAUCCUUCAGUUCCGUCUUGAAGCAGCCCUUCCAGAGCACCUGCGCUUGCUGCCGGCCCCACACCUCCAAGCUAAAGGCCGUGCGUCUGCGCUGCGCCGGUGGCCUGCGCAUCACCGCCACGUACCGCUACAUCCUGGCCUGCAGCUGUGAGGAGUGCAGCUGAGUCCCCGGGGCAGGACGCCAACAGGAAGCGUAGAAAAGAUCACGGGAAACUGAGAUCGUUAGACCAAUAAGGACGUCACCAGCGAGUCUUGGAAAACAUGUGACCUGCCUCUCUGCUGGCCACAAUAAGACCUUUGACUGCGACUUCCGGCCACAAGUGUGUCACACUUAGUGUCAUGUUGCUGAAAGCCUGUAUAGUGUGCAGCCAGUACAGGAACGAUCAGGGUGGGGAUGAUCCCUGAGAAUGGCAGGUGCACCAUGGGUAAAAGGGCUACCGGAUUCAUUUUGCACUCUGAUUGCAUUACAUAUUGCGGGUUCUGUUUGGUAGUAAUGUGGAAGGCAUCAGAUUUUCAUGGGAUUGCUUUCAUUGGUGUUGAUGGUGAGAAUGAGGAUAUUUUAUUUCUUAUGCAUUGUGAGUCUGCAUCUGUUUUGCAGGUGGAUUCAGGUCGACACGCCUGUUGCAUUCAUCUCCAGAUUCAAUCAACAUAUUAAUAGUAUGUUGGGGCGCAACUAACAGAAAACGCUUAGGAACAGUUUUAACCAAGUGGACAACAGACCAUAUAAAUGGAUUUUUUUGUUCAUUUCUCACUGUCUCUGCUGCAAAUACACACACGCAGCAAUUUUACAGUUUACGCAGUUAGACACAUUACCAUUUAUAACCUUCACUCUGUCCUGCUCGUAAAACUUCAAGAAUGUACAUCUUGCUUGCAGACAUCCAUUAGGAAACGUGAUCUAAUAAAUGUUUUCCUUUCUUUCUAAACACUGCACAGGCCGGUUUGAGAGACCAGCACAGCAGGCAUAAGUGUUGCUAUAUUUCUCAGAAUGUCUUGGGAAUUUUUAUGGAACCACCUUAAUUUUGCUCUGCUUUGUUCUAAUUGCGGGAUCGCUUCCUUGGUGUCACUGAGUACAUUCUGCCCCCUGCCUAUACCCUUAACUUGCUUUCUGGCCUGGCUCCUCAAUAAAUUCUUCAACGAGAACAUAACCACUAGACACAUAUGGUGCUCAGAUAAGUCCAGGCAUAAUUGUUUUGAUAAGCACACAUUUUUUCCAUUGUGAUAGUGAACAUCAUUAUCAUACUACAGGUAAGUAAGGACAGAACAGUCCACCAGAAGAAACGUCUGCUUAACGUUCCCAUUCAUUGUGGUUUCCUGGUGUAACACAAUUCAUUUUCCAGCCUAAAUCAGAGGGCUUUCUCUGUUUCCCUGUGCAGUGAAGCAGUAGGCUAUUCAAGAAAUCUAGCUACUUGGGGACUGAAUAUAUAUCACUGCUUUUCUCUGUUUUCCACGCAAGUUGCUAAAGCGGAAAAAUCUCCUCAGCUCCUGAAGUUCCUACCUUCGUCAGUUAAUAAUCAAUAGUGAUAUAACAUCACCUGGAAAACCAAAAGCAAAGUCAUUCAUCCGAGUCCUGUUUCUUUUCUUGAACGUAUUUUGCAACCAAAAUACUGAAAAUAAGUUACGCAACAACACUGUCUUCUGCUGGCAGAAAAUAGAAGUGCACUUCAAAUUGACAAUGUUGGUGGGCUUGGGGGUGCAGCAGAAAGGGCUCAUUUAUUUUAGGAUGAUGUUUAGCCUUUUAACAGUCAUGAUCCUCAUCCGCAUUUUACACUGACAAUGACACCACGUAUAAACGAUUAUAAGGCGGGAUAGUGCAAGUAUCCCUUCUAGUUUCAUACAAAUAUCUACUCCAAAGUACGUUUGCUUACUGCACUUCAUGCCAAAAGAGUUUUUCCAAGACAUUAAAAGCUUUAUAUUCAUUGCUUGUGGCUUA